AUGAAAAAUUCCCUUACCAAAUUUUAUACUUUAAACUCAUUUUCAUAAGAUAAAACCUACACCUUUGUUAAAUAGCGAAAAGAGUAAUUGCAAGAGGAGAUCGUUAAAAUUAAUGAUGAAACAGAAUUUGAAGACUUUGCUGAAUUUAAGUUAUUAAAUCAGGAUGAAACCAUCAUCUCAAUUAAAUAUACUGUUGAUUAAUUUUAUGACCCUUUUUAACAAUAGGAAAUAAAAGUAGAGCAUUAUGUUCAGGAAUUGAUUUACAAUAUAAGACGAAAAUAUCCUUGGAUAACUAUAUUGGAGAAACGAAUAUCUCAAUCUGCGGAAUUGUUGUGCUAGAUUCAACUUUACAAUCAGAAACAUAAGGUAGUGUUGUUCAACAAGCCCUUCACAAAUACUUAACAUAUUUUAGAAUUGCUGAAACUCUACAUUGAGAGAGGAACAAUCAACAUUAAAUUUGUAUGUCAAAAUUAGGAUGUGAUUGCUUUGGGAGGUCAAUUGAAUAAUUUGUUCGAAGAUGCUUUUAUUACAAUAUCUUAGAAAGAUAAGCUGUAAAUGAAUGACAAAUCGCAUAUUCCAGCUAAAUUGAUCACCAUUAACAAGAAGCUUACAUCUAACUUUAUUAAUUUUAAAGAUCUGCCUUUGAAUAACGAUUUCAUUGUUGAUGUCUAAGGAAAGCAUUUUAAAUAUGUACAUUAAGAUGUAAAUUUCAAUGAAAAUGUCAUAGAAUUGGAAAGAAAUGAUAUCAUAUAGGCCAAAUAUAAACUGAUUCAUCAAGGGAAAUUGAUCGAGGCAGAUAAAUUCUUAGUAAAUGGGAUGCCCAUUAAUUUUAAUGGAGAAUAUAGAUUUUGGACUAAACCAUAAAUGGAAUAUAUUGUAAGUAUUGAGAAAUUAGAUUUCUAUCCUAAGUAGCAUAUCUUAAUCACAAAAGGAUUUGGAGAAUAUAAAUAGGAAGUCGAGAUGAUUAAAAUCUAGAAAACGAUAUUGAAAAUUACUAGCAAGAACAUCAUAGAUUAGUCCAUCCUUGAUAAUGUUGAUAUCAGUAUUGAUGGCAAGGUUGUUGGACAGACUAAUAAAAAUGGCACAAUAGUAAUUUAAAAUCUUGAGUUGAGGAGUAUUGUAAUUAAGGCAGCAAAGAAGGGAUUUCUGACAAUGCCUUUGCAAUUUGACAUAUCUGCAAAUAAUAUUGGUUAAAAUCUAUUAAUUGAGAUGUUUCCAGAUUAUUUUAGUUUAAUGAAUCAAUUCCACAUUUUGAUAGUUAAACCCAAGAGUGCAAAGAAACUAUCUCUUUAAUUGGUUGACUUAGAUGAGUAAAAUAAAAGCAACAUCCAACAGAAGAUAGUUCCAUACAGCAAUGGCUCCAUCGUAAAUUAUGGAAUACAUAUUGGUAAUUUUGAUGCGUUUGAUAAACAGAAGAAUAUCUAUUAGUUAUUCAUCAAGGAUUCCAAGGAGGUCUUGCCAAGAUGCAGAUAAAGCAGUUAAAACUUAAAUAAGAAAUCAUAACAUGUUAAUGCGUCACCAAUUAAUUAAAUGAAAACUAGAAUAAUUAAUUAAAAUUCAGAUUUAAAGACAGAGAGGGGUUUAAAUUAAAAUAAGAAAUCUACUCCGAAUUUAGAAGUUGAACAUUUGCACAUCUACUUGUCAUUCGGAAUGGAUAUCGUAUGUUAACAAAUAUUUGAAGUUGAAAAAUUCACAUCAAAAGUGUAUGCUACCAUAAAUUUGUAAAGAAGGAUUGUGGAGUUGGAUGGUAAAGCGUAUAGUUGCAGAUAACAGAAGUCUCAAUCAAAAACAAAUAAACGACGUGAAACUGGCAAUAUUCUAUAACUAUUGACAAAUCAAAUAUGA